AUGCUUUCCACUACUAUUUUAAAGAGAAGACUUCCAUCAGCAACCACCAUUUUCACCAGAUAUGUUCUGACUGUAACCCAACAGGAACAACGUCCACCACCACCACCACCACCAACCACAACCGAGCCACGAAAAAUAUUCGGUAUCUCCACCGAAGUCUACAAAGAAACCGACGUUGAAAAGCACAACGAUACAAAAUUCAUUACCCAUCCACUCUUCCCGCAUCCUGAUUUCCCUCAUGAAGAUUGUGAGAAUGUGGAAUAUACCCACCGUGACCCCAAAACAUUCGGAGACAGAGUUUCAUACCGUGGUAUUCAACUUGUCAGGGGUGCCUUUGAUUACGUCACCGGAUACAAGAAACCUAAGCCUGACAAUAUGAAUGAAUUUGUCGGCACCAGAUAUGAAAUGAAUGAAUCUAAAUGGUUAACUCGUGUUAUCUUUUUAGAAAGUAUUGCUGGGAUUCCAGGGGCCGCAGCCUCGUUUAUUAGACAUUUACAUUCGCUUAGACUUUUGAAAAGAGAUAAAGCCUGGAUUGAAAGUUUAAUGGAAGAAGCAUAUAACGAAAGAAUGCAUUUAUUGUUGUUUACCAAAUUGGGAAAGACUAGUUGGUUUACGAGAUCGAUUAUGUAUGUUGGACAAGGUAUUUUUGCUAAUGUGUUCUUUUUAUGUUAUUUGGUUAAUCCUAAAUUCUGCCAUAGAUUUGUGGGAUAUCUCGAAGAAGAAGCCGUUAGUACUUAUACACAUCUUCUUCAUGAGCUAGAUACUCCUGGAAAGUUGCCUAAGUUUGAAUAUGUCAAGAUUCCAGAAAUUGCUGUUAGUUAUUACCCCGAUUUACAUGAGAAAUCUACAUUUAGAGAUUUGAUCUUGAGAAUCAGAGCCGAUGAAGCUAAACACAGAGAAGUUAAUCAUACAUUGGCAAAUUUGAAUCAAAAGAGCGACAGAAAUCCAUUUGCUUUGCAAGUGGAAGGUGUUGAAGAACAACCUAAUCAUGGAUUAAAAGUCACCAGACCUGCUGGUUGGGAAAAGGAUGAAUUAAAGCUUUAG